CUAUAGUUCCCAACGAACAAAUGAUCGCAGACUUCAAUUCUAAACUCCCUCUCUCAGUAAAACGACUCAAUAAUUCUCCGAAACGGCCGGAUUGUAAACUGUCAAAUCGAGCAUCUGACCUCUUAUUUUUCCUCAUUGAGGCAGAUCCGAACAUUAUGAGUAUUUUCCAGAUAUUAACGAAAAAAUUUCAGGUUCAUGUUUGUAAGGGAUAAAUGAGUUUUGCACUGUUACAAAGGGUACUUGAGAUGCCUCUUGUGGAGCCUCACAACAGAGUUUUAGUUUACUAAUUAACUGAGAAUGUGAAUUCAGGCACUUAUCAGUUAUUUUCAAUGGAAGAUCCAUCACUUGUUUCAGCCUCAGGUAGGAACUCUCAAGUGUCAGGUGUCAUUGGUGGCAAAAAGGGUUCCAAAAUAAAUUUAGUUGCUUCUAGCCCAAAAGCGCUUUCUCAGAGUAAAUGUCAGCACAUAGCUUUACUAAGCCAUGGUAAGAAUAUCAGUGUUGGUGCAGCUGGUCCAAUUGCAAUUUUUUUACUCAAAGUUGCUGCAUUGGAGACUGUUCGAAGGGUUUCUAAGGCCAAGUGUCCAAAUUUAUGGCGUGGUCUUCAGGCUCUACAAGUUGUAUGCUAUCCACCAUUUAAGUGGAUUCAGAGAUGGGCUCCCUUCAAGGGUUUGAUUAGAGGGAUGCAGAUGUUGUCAAGGCCAUUAUUAGUCCUUUCAAUUGUUGAGGCUGUCUCUGAACAGUCAGAAUGCAGUGAUGAAACUUCAGAUGGUAUUAGUGGUUCUCAUUCAAAUUCUGAAAGUUCUCCUGAGCAAUUGUCCUUGCAUUCUCAUCCAGUUACAAGUUAUGAUGAAGGUCCAACAAGUUUCACAUCUGACAAUUGGUUGAUAAAACUCUCAAAGGAGCUUGAAAAUCAGAGGAUCUAUUUACCGGAAAGACUUAAUGAGGAUGAACUACAUAGAUUUUACACUGCUGCAAAUGGGGACUUUUCAUGCUUGCUAGCAUCAAUUAAAAAGACAAUACGUUGGAGGGAGACAUACAGGAUUCUUUCUGAAGAAGAACUUCAGAUGUGGUCAGAUAUGGUCUUUUGGCAUGGAUCUGAUGUCCAGCACCGACCAUGUCUAAUAAUACGACUUGGACUUGCUUGCUACAUCUUGCCAUCUCGUGACAGACCUCGUUUUGCUCAAGCAGUUAUAUCCCAGGUAGAGCAUGGAGUUAUGCACCUAGUUACAGUGGAUAAUCCUCAAAUUACUGUUUUGGUGGAUUGUGAUGGACUUUCCCCUUUGAGGAUUCCCAUGCAAAUAAUGCGGUCUUGUUCUUCCCUCCUCCAGGACCAUUAUCCUAAUCGUCUUGGCUGUUUGUUUGUAAUACGUCUUCCUCCAGUGGUUCGAGUUGUUACUCAGACUUUUAUUCAGAUUCUGAAACCUGUCACCCGGAAGAAGGUCAAAAUUGAGGGGGAAAUGUAUCGCAAGGUUCUCUCUGAGUACUUUGAGACUACCCCUUCGUAUAUUGGUGGAAAUUGCUCUUGUAUGAAAUGUUCAAGCAUUGGCAUUCAUGAUAUCCAGCAACCAAGUUCACAUGAGACCAGCAAAACACAGCCAUUAGCAGAUAUUACCGAUAAUGAGAAUUUGCCUUCACCCCUUCUGUCACAUCAUGAUGACAUCAAUGUCAUAGGUAACUGUGAUCAGGUGUUAAGAACUGCUGUGAUAGGCAUUAUAAUAAUUUGGGUUCUUAUAGCUCUUAUUGCGGGACUGAUUGACCCUGAAAGCUGACCUUUUUAGCUUUGAUGCUCUAUUUCCUCUAAGGUUGUUCAUCCAGAUAUGAUAAAUAAUCUGUAGAUGAUAAUAUUUUGUUAUACCCUUUCUUUUCUAUGCACGUCUUUGUGUAUGUCUGUGCAAAGUCGAGGCUGUAUUAUCCUUGUAAAAUUUUGUUUAAGUUAAAACCUUCUUGACUUUCUAUGUUCAUAGCUUGAUCAAGUUCUUAUAAUCGCAAGUUCUUAAUUAUAUUUUAUCAA